AUCUUUAUCUCCAAUUGUUAUCCUAUUUGAAAGGGAAACUCAAAAAGGAACUUUAGGCUUAAAAAAUGGAUGGAUUGCAGCAAUUGGGGAUUCCAGUUUUGGGCAUUGUUGCAGCUGCAGCCAUCACCUUCUAUGCCGUAAGCUUUGCAGAGCUUCGAGAGAAAUCAUUCAAAGAUUUAGAUGAAUCAGAAGAUGAAAAUGGAGGGUUUAAGAUGACUUCAAGCUCUAGAGAAAGGCGAGCAAGGAGGAAAGCUGAAAAGGAAGCUAAAAGAUAGAAAUAAUUUCUCUCAAUUCAUAGGUUUUUUUUUUUUAGCUUGAAUUUUACCUAAUGCAUACUAAGUUACAUGUGGAACAUAAUAUGGAAGUACUCAUUUGAUAAUUAUGUACUGAAUUAUUGCUUGUUUCAUAGUAUAUAUGCCUUAUUCGUUUAGCUCUAGUAGCAA